ACAAGUAGGAUGAACAUGAAUGUGAGUCUCAUAAUGCCAGAUACAGUGGAAUACUGCUAUAAAUCUGUGAAUAGAACGUGUUUGAGAACAACCCGCUCCCAUGGUGUCCGAGUAUUGCUCUAUGCGUUUGGCGCAAUGGCAGUUCUGGUUACAAUGUUCGGCAACUUGUUAGUAACCGUUGCAAUCUCCCAUUUCAGACAACUUCAUACACCCACUAAUUAUCUCGUUCGUUCUUUGGCAAUUGCUGACUUUCUUCUGGGAUGUAUGGUGAUGCCUUACAGUUUGACAAGGUCCAUUGAAAACUGCUGGUACCUAGGCGACUUGUUCUGCAAGUUUCAAGCAAGCUUUGACUUCAUGCUCUGUGCGUCGUCAAUAUUCCACCUGUGCUUCAUUUCUGUUGACCGUUACUACGCGGUGUGUGACCCACUGAAAUACAAAACCAGAAUAACUUUUCACACCGUCCUAAUCAUGAUCCUCAUCAGCUGGAUUAUCCCCGCAUUUGUGGGUUUUGGUAUGAUAUUUUUAGAAUUAAACUUGAUAGAAAUUAGAGAAUUUUAUUACAAAAACAUAUCUUGCUAUGGUGGCUGUAUUCUAGUGAUGGGGAAGCUGUGCUCAGUCAUCUACUCGAUAGUUUCCUUUUACUUCCCGGGAUUUAUUAUGCUUUGUAUUUAUACAAAAAUAUACGUCGUUGCGACAAAACAGGCCCGUGCCAUAAAUGACAUUGCAAGGCAGCUGCAAUCAGUCAGGGAAAACAAAAGCAUUGCUUCCCAGACAAGUGAAACAAAAGCUGCAAAGACACUGGGAAUCGUGAUGGGGGUGUUCCUAAUGUGCUGGACUCCAUACUUCACUUGCAAUUUCAUAGAUCCUUUCAUUGGACACACCACACCCCCCCUAAUGUUCGACGCAUUUUUUUGGUUAGGGUAUUUGAACUCAGCAUUCAAUCCGGUGAUCUAUGCAUUUUUUUAUUCGUGGUUCAGAAAAGCUCUGAAAAUUAUUCUAACUUUUAAAAUAUUCAGAACCGAUUCCUCCAGGAUAAACCUCUUCUAA